CUGGACUGGCGGGCGGUCGCCUCGCAGGUGCACCUCGGGCUUUGUAGGUGCGAGCGUCUUUGUGCGGCGGACAAAUGGGGAGAGGACGAGGAGGUGGGCACUCGAGCGACGUAAGAUCCACAUCAGCUCAACUGCACUCGUCUCGCAGAGGCCACCCGCUCACUUCCCGCGGAGGCGCUCCCGGGCGCCGCGCUCCGCGGCCGCCGCCUGCCCCCGCCCGCCGCGCCGCCUCCGCCGCGCACGCCGCGCCCCGCAGCGCCUGGCUUCCUCCUUGCUAGGGUGGCGUUGGGCUGGCGCGGGCGUUCGGGUGACUGCAGCUGCUCGGCUCUCCGCCCCCCGCCCUGCGCCGCGCGGCUGCCCCGUCGCUUCGCACAGGGCUGGAUGGUUGCAUCGGGCAGGGUGGCUCCAGGAUGUUAGGGACUGUGAAGAUGGAAGGGCAUGAGAGCAGCGACUGGAACAGCUACUACGCGGACACACAGGAGGCCUACUCCUCGGUCCCCGUCAGCAACAUGAACUCGGGCCUGGGCUCUAUGAACUCCAUGAACACCUACAUGACCAUGAACACCAUGACCACCAGCGGCAACAUGACCCCAGCUUCGUUCAACAUGUCCUACGCAAACCCGGGCCUGGGCGCCGGCCUGAGUCCGGGCGCGGUGGCUGGCAUGCCAGGAGGCUCCGCGGGCGCCAUGAACAGCAUGACGGCUGCGGGCGUGACGGCCAUGGGGACAACGCUGAGCCCCGGCGGCAUGGGCGCCAUGGGCGCGCAGCCCGCGGCCUCCAUGAACGGCCUGAGCCCCUACGCCGCUGCCAUGAACCCGUGCAUGAGCCCCAUGGCGUACGCGCCGUCCAACCUGGGCCGCAGCCGAGCGAGUGGCGGCGGCGAUGCCAAGACUUUCAAGCGCAGCUACCCGCACGCCAAGCCGCCCUACUCGUACAUCUCGCUCAUCACCAUGGCCAUCCAGCAGGCGCCCAGCAAGAUGCUCACGCUAAGCGAGAUCUACCAGUGGAUCAUGGACCUCUUCCCUUAUUACCGGCAGAACCAGCAACGUUGGCAGAACUCCAUCCGGCACUCGCUGUCCUUCAACGACUGCUUCGUCAAAGUGGCGCGAUCCCCGGACAAGCCAGGCAAAGGCUCCUACUGGACGCUGCACCCGGACUCCGGCAACAUGUUUGAGAACGGUUGUUACUUGCGCCGACAGAAGCGCUUCAAGUGUGAGAAGCAGCCAGGGGCCGGGGGCGGAAGCGGGAGCGGAGGCGGCGGCGGCGGCGGCGGCGGCGGCGGCGCCAAGGGCGGCCCGGAGAGCCGCAAGGACCCCUCGAGCGCCGCCAACCCCAGUGCCAAUUCUCCCCUUCAUCGGGGCGUGCACGGUAAGGCGGGCCAGCUAGAGGGCGCGCCGGCCCCCGGGCCGGCUGCCAGCCCCCAGACUCUGGACCACAGCGGGGCGACAGCGACAGGGGGCGCCUCGGAGUUGAAGACUCCAGCCUCCUCGGCGGCACCCCCGAUCAGCUCUGGGCCAGGGGCACUGGUUUCUGUGCCUCCCUCCCACCCGGCGCAUGGCCUGGCACCCCACGAGUCCCAGCUGCACCUGAAAGGGGACCCCCACUACUCCUUCAACCACCCCUUUUCCAUCAACAACCUCAUGUCCUCCUCGGAGCAGCAGCACAAGCUGGACUUCAAGGCGUACGAGCAGGCACUACAGUACUCGCCCUAUGGCGCUGCGUUGCCCGCCAGCCUGCCGCUCGGCAGCGCCUCGGUGGCCACCAGGAGCCCCAUCGAGCCCUCAGCCCUGGAGCCAGCGUACUACCAAGGUGUGUAUUCCAGACCCGUCCUAAACACUUCCUAGCUCCCUGGGACUGGGGGUUUGUCUGGCAUGGCCAUGCUGGUAGCAAGAGAGAGAGACACACAGAGAGAAAAUCAACAGCAAACAAACCACACAUAUCGAGCCGACAACAGCAUAAUAAAAUCCCAACUAUUUUUAUUUCAUUUUUUUUGUGUGUGUGUGUGUGCACAAUCUUUUCCCCAGUGCAAAGGACUGUUACUUUGUUAUUGUAUUCAAAAUGCCUUGUGUAUAUUAUUACAAAGAAAACCCAUCCCAAACCAACAAAAAAUUUUUUCCUGCCAAGUUUAACGAUCCACAAAUGUAUAUAUAAAAUCUUCCUAUUUCCUUAUUCCUGUCCCUUCCCUCUUUCCCCUCCAGACACAUUCCAGUCUGUGCAGGGUUUAUUUAAAAAAAGAAGAAGAAGAAGAAGAAAGAUGGUCAAACUUGUAAAAUAUUUGUUUGUGCUUCCCCCCCUUCCACCACCUGACCUCUCCGCAAGUUUACAGGUCUAUGGCAAUACUCUUAACCAUAAGAACUGAAAGAGUGAAGAAACAAGUAGACACUAGGGACUAUUAAAAGUAUUUGAAGGACAAUACUGCUGUUAUGCAGCAAAACAUAAACUGAUUAUAAACAUCAGAGCCAUUUGUUAUUCAGCUUACAUUUCUGAUACAUUCAGAUAUGGAAAACAUAUAUAUUAUGUACGAACUUAUUUAUGCACAUGCUCAGAUAUGUAGACAUCCUCCAUAUAUUUGCAUAACAUAUAGAAGUAAUAUGUAGGUGUUAUACAUGCUACAUUUUCAAGAGUUGCCUGACCAAGAAGUUACAAAGACACCCCUCUCCCUUGUCCUCUCUACCCACAUAUAGCCCUGGGAAUCAAUUCCUCAAGAAUUGCAAUCCUCAAUAACUCUGCUCCUUGCUUUGCAGAGUGCCAUUGUCAUGUCAUUCGGAGGUCACAGAACAUGUAUAAAAUUAGCUUCUCUGUAUCUAUACCAUUUAAAUAAUAUUUUUUUCCAGGAAAAAGGGAAUAUUACAAUGUUGGAGGAGAGAUAAGAUAUAGGGAGUGGUAUUUCAAAAUUUGGUCCAAGAUCCCAAAAUCCAAUUGAUUGUGGUCAUUUUAAUUAUUGCCAUCAUGUGCUUGUUUCAUUCAGUGUUAAUGCACUUUUCACAGCUGGACAUGGUGUUAGUAUAGCCAGACGGGUUUCAUUCUUCUUCUUUGCUUUCUCAAUGUUAAUUUAUUGCAUGGUUUAUUCCUUUUUUUUUUCUUUAUAGUUGAAAUUACUUUAAAUGAUGGUUAAAAUUACAAAUUAAAAAUGUUAAUUUUAUCAAUGUGAUUGUAAUUAAAAUAUUUUGAUUUAAAUAACAAAAAUGAUAAAUUUUAAGCCGUGGAAUAUGUUCUUGAUCAUUUGCAGUUAAGGACUUUAAAUAAAUCAAAUGUUAACAAAAAAAAGUAUUUCUGUUAUUUUCCUUAAUUAAGUCCAAAAUAGGAAUUCUGAUUAUGAUAUUUUGCAAAGUCCGGCACUGAAUAUAAAUGGCAAAAAGGAAAAUGAUCUAAAACAAAAUUGUUUUGUUUAUGUUUAUUACAUGAACCUGAGGCUAGUAAAAAGCAGUUACAGUAAUGCAAUAAAAGUGGGUAGAUAAAUUGAUGUGAUAUCCCAAUAAUUGAGAUUUUUAAGAUUGUUUAUUCCCGGUAAUGUUUACUUCAGUUUUUGAGAUGAGCUUAAGCCUUCUAUGUUUCCUUUGAGCCUGUCCACAAUGAAAUCAAAUUCAUUAAUAUAACUACUGGGCCCCCUUCCUCAAUGUAUAAUUUUCCCUUAUCUGAGAAGUAUUCUAGGAGAGUAAAAUAUCAUAUGUGGCUGAUAAAAUUAAGUUGUCCACAACAAAGAAUCCUGAACUCUCUCUCUCUUUUUUUUUUUUUUCCAUUAAAAGAGAAACAAAACUCAACCAUCAUGGUUGCUUUGGAGGGGGUGAAGGGGAGGCAAGUUAAUUCACUCCUGCAGGGGAAGCUUUGUGCCAUCAGGACAUUUCAGGGUAGCUGCUAUUUUGUAUUUUGUGAAGAUACUUCUAAAAAUACGGUUUCUAAAAAUAUCAUUCCUGAGAAUUUAAAGCUGAUUUGUUUGCCUUCUAAGAAGCUUUUAAAUGCAACUUCACACCCCUACAGUUGCUUGAGAUCACAAAAUCAUUAAUCUCCUUUGAUAGUAGGCUCACUUUCCAGUCCACCUAUUUCUUUGUAAGUCUUGUUCGGAUUGACAUCAACAAUAACAACACCAGCCCAAGCAGAGGCUAGCCUGCCUGAGCCCCUGUGUAUGAACUCCAUCCUCGCCAAGGCUUGAACUUGGACAGCCUUUACUUUGAUCGCCCCACUCCACACUGCGGACAAGAUAAAAAGAGCUGUGUGAGUCCCUUAAUUAUCGCGUAAUUGCCUCCCCAGAUGAGAGAAGGGGUGGCGUGUAGCACUUGAGAAAAAUCCAGAAAUCCAAGCCCUCCCCCCCGACACACACUUCAGCUAAUGAAAGGAGGAGAGAGAAAUAACUGGUUUGAAUAAUUUCAAAACCUAAUUUAGAGGCCUCUCGGGAGGACAUUAAAGUCCCAAAGAGAGGAAAAAGCUUUCAAUCUCAAUAGUUACUUAUAUUUAUAUAGCAGGUAAACAAAAGUUGGUAAAUUCGAAUUCCAAAUGUGAUAUGAGGGCGUGAGUUUGGGCCUAGGAAUUUUACCAGCCGCGCUGAAUCUAAAUCGUCUACCCCUCGGUGAUGUUCCCUUCCUCUCUGUAACAAAUUAGCAAUAUCAAUGUUUUGCUUCACCCUCUGGGCUUAAGUCGGCCUUAGCUCUCUGUUACUUGGCAAAGACUUUUUCUAGGCUUGCGGGGGGCGAGGCGCCGUUGGCUGACCACAGAGGCUACUUUGGAAAUGUGCCUGAGAAGCUAGCACGGUGGAUCUCGGGGAGCUGGUCUCGUGGGGUUCUCAGGCGAUUUUCCGCCACCUCUGGGCAGUAAACCGCCCCCUCCCCCCUCCCCGGGCACCUUGCGCGCGCUCUGCAACGUCUGGCCGAGGUGAUCUGCGCCCCGCGCGUUAGGUUGUGCGCCGUUUGGGGCAAAGGCAGCCGGUUGCCGGGGAAGAGGGACAGAGCAGGCCCGCAAGCAUCUCGGGGUGACAAGUGCAGUUAGUUCUUCAUUGUUUGGGCAUUUUCCCCUCCUAGCGAAUAAAUCUUCUGUUGAGCCCGAGACCUAAAAGUCAACAAAGAAGGCCAGGCGUCGCUUUACCGCUACUGUGGCCCAACGCCCGCGUUGCCGCGGCUGCUCCCGCUGCGUAAUCCCUUCCUCGGAAACCCGGACACACAAACGCCGGAACGCCCGGGGCUGGGGCGCCGCGCCCCAGGGCCAGGAGGAAAACAUCUGUGGUUCCGAGGGAGUGCCGGGACCCUCCUCGAGCGCGGCACCUUCUCGUGACCCCCGCCCGCCCCCCUUUUCGUCGUCGAGUUUCUGUAUUUCUCUUCACCUCGGACGCUCCCGUAGAUGAGGGCCGGAAAGGGGAUGCUGACCGCUCAGCCGCGGGCCACCGGGCUCGCUUUAUUUAGGAAUUUCCCUCGUGGUGGGGGAGGGGUCUCCGGAUGGGGCGGGAGGGAGUGAGAAGAAAAAAAACCCAAAAAACAAAACCCUUCCUACAGACCCUAGAGCAAAGCUGCCGAGGCCCUCCGAUGCAGUGACGACGCCACCACUGAGCACUUUUAGAAAAAAACAAAACUGUUUUGGGAGUGAGUGGAGUCCAGGGGAAGAGAACUUUACAUGUAACUUUCACCUGGUUCCGGGACUGACGCAUUUUUUAAAUUGAUAUAAAGAGAAGAAGACAACUAAACACAGAUAGGGAAGAAGAAAAGCUCACCAGAAACUACACAACUUAGAAGUGUUCCCAAGUAGAAGGCAGCUCGGUCUGUUUCUGCUUGAUGGCUAUUACAGUGUGUACGUCACAAAUAAAAUGUAAUUUCCAUUGUC